UGGAGAGCUACAUUUGUUUUGUGUAUGUGGUGAAAAGCUGGAAAUUAAAUUCUUUUGCAUAUGAACUAUCAAUUAUAUUAUUACUCUGACUCUAACCAGCCUAUAUGCUUGCUCACUUGACUUCCCUCAUAGGAAACUAGCUGGAAUUUUUAAGCAUUUCAUGGACCACUGCCAAGAAAGCUGUAUGAUGAUCCAUUAAAUUAAAAAUAUUUUGUAUUUUUGCAGAUUGAGGAUAAAGAACUGAAAAUUUUGCAGGGGAACAACCUAGAAAUCUAAGCAAUAGGCACCAGGGUGGCUAACCCAAAGUGCAUGAUUUUGAAACAGUCCUUGUAGGAAGGCUAUCAUUUAUGAUGAUGAUAAUGAAGUUGAUGAGAUUGAUGGUGGAACUGGGACAGGCUCUGCAUUUCAUUUACUCUCGCGAGUUUUGGAGGAUGGCAGUGUUUUGGACAAUCUCUCUUGUUGCUUCAUAUUUGCAUCUGUUUUUCCAGAGGAUAUUUAGUCAGAGUUCUAAUGCCUACCCCCACUCCCUUCCCCCAAAAAGUAUGCUUAGGAGACCUGUUUGCAUUGUUACUGGUGCAACAUCUGGUUUGGGUGCUGCUGCUGCUUAUGGCCUCUCAAGGAAAGGCUUUUUUGUUGUUCUUGUUGGACGGUCAUCCAAAUUGUUAUAUAAGACUGUUGAGAGGAUAAAAGCACAGAAUAGGGAUGCCCAACUCAAAGCUUUCGACGUUGACCUAUCAUCUUUUCAAUCAAUCCUAAAGUUCAGAGUUUCAUUAGAGAAAUGGCUCUUGGAUUCAGAUAUGCAUUCUUCCAUCCAACUCCUGGUCAACAAUGCUGGGAUACUGGCGACAUCACAUCGUACGACAGCUGAUGGCUAUGAUCAGAUGAUGGCUACAAAUUAUAUGGGCGCAUUCUCCCUGACCAAAUUUCUACUACCACUUAUCAGAAACAGCCCUGUUGGUUCAAGGAUAGUGAAUGUAACAUCCUUUACACAUCGAAGUGUGUUUAAUAUGCAGGUUGACAAGGAAACUGUUUCUGGAAGGUGCUUCUGGACUCCAAAACAAUAUCCAUAUGCUCAUAUCUAUCAGUACUCCAAGUUGUGUAUACUGCUGUUCUCAUACCAACUUCAUCAGCAACUUCAGUUGAUGGAUAAACCUUGUCAAGUCUCUGUCAAUGCUGCAGAUCCUGGAGCCGUGGAAACCAAUCUCAUGCGGGAAGUUCCCUCCUGUCUUUCCCGUCUGGCAUUCAGAAUAUUGAAACUUCUAGGCCUUUUGCAGUCUCCAGAUAUUGGUGCAUGCUCUAUUCUUGAUGCUGCCCUUGCCCCACCAUGUCGACCUUGCAGAGAAACUUUGGACCACUUCAUGCGAUCUCUUUGAAGAGUUACAGCUUGCUUCCAUGGAAAAAGAAAGAUAAUCUUGUGAACCAUGGAAAGAAGAUAUAAUUUUGUGGAGGCAAAGAACAUAGAUGGAGAAAGAAAUUAUUGCUUCUAAUGGUAGCAUCCUUUGCCUUUUGUUCAAUUGCAACUACGGAGCAUGUGGUUCAACACCAAGGUAGAAUUCAUUAUGCCUUCAAAUACCGAAAAUUAUUUGAAAUUGUUAGAAUUAUAUCUUAAAAAUUAAAAAAAAAAAAAUUUAUUCGGUAAAAAAUUCCUAUUAUGUUUUUAACUUGCCAAGCGAGUUUUAAGUUUUUGUAAAUAUGGAGAUUAUUUAAGGAUUAAAGGGUUUAUUAGUUAUUGCUUUUAGUUCAAUGGCUUAUUCCUUCUUGUUUGGAGAAAGUUUGUGUUAGAAAAAAUUUAAUAUACUAGGUUGAAAGAUGUAAUAAUUAUCUUUUAUUAUCGCCUUAUUGUCCAUUUAGUUUGAGAGUAUUUUACUA